GGCGGGGAGGGACCGGGAUUUAGGGAGGAAGCGGGAAGGCUGGCCGGGUGUGGCAUGGCGAGCGGCUGGGUGAUGGCGCUGGGCCUGGGGCUCUGCCUCGCCGUGCUGCGCCAGGGAGGCUGCUACCCCCCCAGCGCAGCCACAGCACCCCAAACCGCAGCUGCACUGCGGGAGAAUUUCCGCCUGCAGCCGGGUGAUUUGGUGGCCACAGCGGGGCAAGCGCUGGAGCUGGAUUGCGUGCCGCCCUCGGGGCACCCCGAACCCCGUGUCACCUGGAAGAAGGAUGGGGUGACCUUGAACUUGACUGGCGACCGGUACGCGGUCACCAAUGGGAAGUUGCGGGUGGCACCGGCACGACGGAGCGACUCCGGGCUCUACGUCUGCGUGGCAGCCAACACGGCGGGCGAGAGGGAGAGCCGGGGCGCCCGUGUCUCCGUCCUGGAGAAGCCGACCAUCGUGCGGCGCCCGAGCGAUGCCAUGGCGGUGGCUGGCAGCACCGUGGAGCUGAGCUGUGGCGCCCAAGGUGACCCAGCACCGCGGGUGCAGUGGCACAAGGAGCGUGGGGACCUGCCCUGGGGCAGGCAUGAGGUGGACCAGGAGCACACGUUGCGCCUCCACGCUGUGACGCCCGCUGAUGCCGGCACCUACGUGUGUACAGCGCAGAGCCAGCUAGGCACCGCCGCCGCAGCCGCCCACCUCCACGUGGAGGACCAGCUGCCAAUGGGCCGGCGGGAGGCUGCGCCGUGGGACCUGCUGGCUGUGAGGCUGCACCUGGACAAUGGCACUGUGCUGCCCACCACUGCCGCUGUCCAGCUCCGCUGGCAGAUGCUGACGCCGGCACUGGUGCCAGAGGGCUAUGUGGUGCUGUACCGCUGCCUGCUCCCUGCCAGCCCCUCCUGGGACCAACACGAUGCAGGCAGGGAGCUCAGCACCGUCAUCCCCGCGCUCCGCAGGGGCUACGUGUACGAGUUCAAGGUCCGCCCCUACGUUGGAGGGACCCAGGGUUUGGACAGCAACAUCAGGCACCUCUGGAUACCUGAGGAAGUACCAAGCGCAGCGCCCCAGCACGUCACCCUGGGCCAGGCUGAGAUGGAGAAUGGCACCGUGGUCGUGAGCUGGGAACCACCUCCUCCUGAGGCCCACAAUGGCAUCAUCCAGGGCUACAAGGUCUGGUCAAUGGGUGAAGGCUGGCAGCGCCCCACCAAUAGGACAGUGGAUGGAGGCACCCACCGCCUGGAAACCCUCCUCCCGAGCCCUGGGGCCAAAUUCUGUGUCCAGGUGGCGGCUUUCAACAGUGCGGGGCUGGGGGUCCCCAGCAAUGCCACCUGCAGCAUCCUGGGGCUGAUGGCGGAGAGCAACAGGGUGGUACGGGUGCUACAGCAGCCCGCUGUCAUCGCAGCUGCUGGCUCACUGCUCUGGUUGGCCUUGUUCGCCCUCCUCCUCCUCGUCUGCCAGCGCCGCGCCAGCCAGGACGCCGCGACUCGCCGCAGGCUGGUGGCUGGUGACUCACCGUGGCUCAGUGGUCCGUGGAAACGCAGCUGUGCCCCGCGAAACCUCAGCAGCAGCAGCAGCCUCAGCAGCCGGCUCCUGGGCAGCGAUGGCAAGGACCCCCACCCCUCCACCCUGUCCUUGGAGCCAUCAAGCCUCGGCCCCCCCACGCCCCCCAACCGCAGCAGCCUCCGCGGUGGGCACCCAUUGCCCCUUGGGGACACGGGGUGCUGCAGUGGGGGGCACCCCGGCGUGCGAACCUCGCCCAGCACCCCGAACCCGGCACCCUGGGAGCGCCUCCACAAGAGAGAGCUGCACCAAGUGCACAGCACCCCAGUGCUCAUGGGUGGCCCUGGCCACGUCCCUGUCACCGGGAGCGGAGGUGAGUGGGGGAUGGAUUUUGGGCUGGCAGCCGGGUGGCCUCAGCGAAGGGGACGUGACGGUGACACCACCACCGCCGUGCUAGCCGGAGGGGACCCACGGCAGCUGCCAGUCUUCAGCUCCCCAAAACCACGGCGGGGCAGCGUCUCGCUGGCCUCUGGUGUCACUGGGUCACCAGUGACACCCCUGAGGCCACCCCAUGCCUGGCACCCGCCAGUGACCCGGUCCCCGGCCACUGCAUGCCCCAGGAACACGUCCUUGGUCACCAGGCACCCCAAGGACCUGUCCCCAGUCACUGGGAUCCCCAGGGACAAAUCUCCAGCCACCCGGCGCCCCAGGGACAUGUCCCCGGUCACUGAGAGCCCCAGGGAUGUGUCACCAGUAACCCGGCGCCCCAGGGACACAUCCCUGGUCACUGAGAGCCCCAGGGAUGUGUCACCAGCCACCCGGCACCCCAGGGACAUGUCUCCAGUCACUGAGAGCCCCAGGGAUGUGUCACCAGCCACCCGGCACCCCAGGGACAUGUCCCCGGUCGCUGAGAGUCCCAGGGAUGUGACACCAGCCACCCGGCACCCCAGGGACAUGUCCCCGGUCGCUGAGAGUCCCAGGGAUGUGACACCAGCCACCCGGCACCCCAGGGACAUGUCCCCAGCCACUGAGAGCCCCAAGGACAUGUUCCUGGCCACCAGGCACCCCAAGGACCCAUCACCAGCCACCAGGAACCAGAAGGACACAAUCUCGGCCACCAGGCACCCUGAGGACACAUCUCUGAUCUCCAGGUGCCCCAGGGACAUGUCCCUGAUGACCAGGCACCCAAAGGAGAUGUCUCUGGUCCCCAGUCAAUGUGGAGACAUGUUCCUGGGCAGCAGGUACCCCAGGGACAUGUCCGCAGCCACCAGACAACCCAGGGACCCAUCACCGGUGACCAAGCACCAGAGGGACAUGUCACCAGCCACCAGGCACCCCAAGGACACGUCCCCACCCGGUGGGCACCCAAGGGACACAUUGCUGGUCACUAGGCUCCCCAAGGAGAAAUCCCCAGCCAUCAGGCACCACAGGGAUGCAUUCCUGUCCACCAGAUACCCAAAGGAAAUGUCCCCAGCUACCGGGUACCCAAAGGACACAUCCCCAGACACCAGGCACCCCAGGGAUACAUCCCCCAUCACCAGGCACCCAACGGAGAUGUCCCCAGCCACCAGUCACUGCGAGGACACGUUCUUGGUUACCAGGUACCCCAAGAAUAUGUCCCUGGCUGCCAGGCACCCAAGGGACAUGUUUCUGAUCACCAGGUACACUGAGGACACCUCGCCAGCCACCAGGCACCCAAGGGACACAUCUCCAGUCACCAGGCACCCUGAAGAGAUAUCCCCAGUCACUGGUCACCGAAGGGACAUGUUCUUGGGCAACAGGUACCCCAAGCACAUGUCCCUGGUCACCAGAUACCCCAAGGACAUGUUCCUAGACACCAGGCAUCCCAGAGACAAGUCCCUGGCCAGAAGACACCCCAAGGACAUGUCCCUGACCACCAGGCACCCAAGGGACAGGUCCCCAGUCACCAGGCGCCUCUCGUCAGCAUUCAGCGAUGGGGUCCUCACGCCGCAGCAGGUGGCUGAGGACUUGGAGAUGGACCAGGACACCACCUGCCCCAGCCCCCCAGCACCAACCACGCCACAGUCCUUCUCGCCGCCACACACCUAUGGCUACAUCUAUGGGCCACCAGCCUCCGAGCUGGGUGAGGAGGAGGAGGAAGAGGAGGAGGAAGAGCAGCCAACUAUGAGGGGCUCGCCAGGAGGGUCACUGCUGAAUGGGUGGGGGUCUGUCUCGGAGGACAACUUCGCCAGUGCCCGCUGCAGCUUGGUGAGCUCCUGCGAUGGCUCCUUCCUCCUGGACGCCAGCUUCGCCCGGGUGCUGGCCGUGGCCGUCGAUGGCCUCUGCUUCAGCCUCGAGGAUGCCGAUGGGGGCUAUGGGGCAGGUCCCUCACCACCACCAUCACCCUUGGAGGGGGUCUUCUCACCCGAGGUCCCCGUCCCCACCUGGGACUGGGGGACAGAGCUGGGGGUCCCACAGAGAACUGGGACAGAGGCAGCCACAGGCAUCCCGCAGCACGGUGGCCACGGGAUUGGGAGCGGCAGCCCCUGGGCCAGGGCAAGUGGCGAGCCAAGGACAGGAGGGACAAGAGCAUGGUGGUCCCCAGGGUGUAGGGCGCAGCAAGGCCAGAGUCCCCUUGGCUCAGCUAAAAUCCAGCUUUAUUAAGCAGUUCCCCAAAAAGGGGCUCUUUGCUAGCAAAAGCCACCCACAAAGGGUGGGUGGCACCAAGGUGGGUGGGUGUCCCUUCUUCUCCAGCAUCCUUGUCCUCCCCAAGUGUCCUCAUCCUUCCCCAGUGACCCAACCCUCCUCAGUGUCCCCAUCCCUCCCCAAAUUCCUCAUCCUUCUCCAGCAUCCUCAUCCUCCCCAAGUGUCCCCAUCCUCCUCAAGUGUACUUGGCCCCUCCAAGUGUCCUUGGCCCCUCCCCAGGGUCCUCCUCCCCAAGUCAUCCUCAUCCGGCCCAAGCACCGUUGUCCAUCCCAAGUGUCCUUCUCCUUCCCCAGGGUCAUUGUCCCCCUGACCAUCCUCAUCCCCACUGACCGUUCUCAUUCCUUCUGACUGUCCUCAUCCUUUCUGACUGUCCACAUCCUCCCUCAGCAUCCUUGUCCCACCUCAACCAUCCUUGGCCCUCUCAGGUGUCCUCAUCCCUCCCAAGCCACCUUGUCCUUCUUGAAUGUCCUUGUGCUCCCUCUGAGUGACCUCAUCCCUCCUAACCAUCCUCAUCCACAGGGUCCUUAUCCCUCCUGAGCAUCCUCAUCCUCCCCAACUGUUCUUGCUGUCCCCCAAGUCUUCUCAUCCCUCCCCACCAUCCUCAUUCUCCUGUGACCAUCGUCCUCGUCCCUCCCUACUGUCCUUGUCCCUCCCAGGCAACCUUGUCUUUCCCAAGUGUCCUCUUCACCCCAGCGAUCCCCAGCCCCUGGGCAUCCUCGUCCUUCCCCAGUGUCCUCAUCCCCCCAGGCACCCUUGCCCCCCAACAUCCCUCCCCAGCACCCUCAUCCCUCCCAACUGUCCUUGUCCCCAGGGUUCUUGCCCCACCUGAGCAUCCUCCUCAUCCCUCCCCAGCAUCCUUGUCCCUCCCCAGCAUCCUCAACCCUAGUGACUGUCCUCGGCCUCCCCAAGCAUCCUCAUCCUUCCUCAAGCAUCUUCAUCCCUCCCAAUUGUCCUUGUCCCCAGGGUCCUCGUCCCUCCCCAGCAUCCUCAUCCCUAGUGACUGUCCUUGGCCUCCCCAAGCAUCCUCAUCCCUCCUGAGCCUCCUCGUCCCUCCCAACUGUCCUCAUACCCAGGGCCUUCAUCCCUCCCCUAGCAUCCUCACCCCUCCUAAGCAUCCUUGUCCAUCCUGACUGUCCUCAUCCCUCCCACCCCGAGCAUCCCCUUCCCCCCACCUCGCGCUGCUGCCCACCGGCUGCUGGCUCUGUGCAACCCUAUUUACAUGGCGCCACUCAGAAAUUAAAGAGCAUCCCCCUGUCCCCCCCA